CUUUUGAAGUUUGAAUCCCACUCGCCGUGAAGUUUUUUUCUUUGCUGAAGUUACCUAUAUGACGGAUUCAAACAUAAGGCGAAAGCUAGUGAUCGUGGGUGACGGGGCCUGUGGGAAGACCUCGCUCUUACACGUCUUCACGCUCGGCGAGUUCCCCACGGAGUACCACCCCACGGUGUUUGAGAACUAUGUGACAGAUUGCCGGGUAGAUGGUAAGGCGGUACAGUUGACGCUCUGGGACACUGCAGGCCAGGAAGAGUACGAGCGGUUACGGCCAUUGUCGUACUCCAAGGCCCACGUUAUCUUGAUCGGAUUCUCCAUUAACGACCCAGAUUCUUUUGCCAAUGCCAUGGUAAAGUGGAACCAGGAAGUAUCUAAGAAUUGCCCUGGGGUGCCGAUUAUCUUGGUAGGGCUCAAGCGGGACUUGAGAGAUGGUAGUGAAGAGGCAAACAAUAGGAGCAAAUUUGUGCAACUAGAACAAGGUAAGCGAGUCGCAGCCGAGAUAGGAGCCAGAAUGUAUAUCGAAAGCUCCGCUUUGACUGGUGAGGGUGUCGACGACGUCUUUGAGUAUGCCACCAGGGCUAGUUUGAUAUCUUCUGUGGCCAAAUCAGAUCCUGCCUGCUGCCUGAUAUCUUAAUCAAAAUCAAUGUCUUUCAAAAUAUGCCUCCUACUGAUAAACCUUACUGUCAGUUUGAAAAAUUUUCUGUUUCAGCUCCUUUGGCAUGUCUGUUUUAACUAUUCUUGGUUAGCGCUAACUCUAGUCGAACGUGCUUGACCCCUUCACUUCUU